GGUAGAAAGUUCUACAAGAAUGAGUCAAGACCGAGACGGAUACAUAAGGCCCACGCUCUCCCGCGCCGAUAAUCGUCCUCAAGCUCCGGGGCCUACAGCGCCGACUCCAACGCCCGCAACCGCUGAAGCUCACUGCAGUAUUUCCGUUUCCGCCCCUAGUGACACUCGCCCGAUUGAUGCACGCCCACAUCAAGGGCAACCAGCAAUUCUAGCCUCGAGAGACAGAGGACAAACCAAUCCCUAGCCAAGAAAAAGAAGCCCGUCGCCUUCACGCAAAAGACAAGUCAAGACUUCAAAAUUUCAUCCUCGCCACGUGUGGUUGCCAGUGUCCUUCUCCGAGCCGUUGAUUCGACGUUCAGUCGGAUAGUUCAGGUGUUGAAGGGUUUAAAAGUCCGCCAUUUUAGGCCUUGGUGGACUACGAAUUGACCACUGGUUGAGUCCCAUUGCCAUCAUGUUACAAUCCCCGUCAUCUUCCGCCCCAGCUACAGUAGCUGUAGCCGAGGGGGUCGAUAAGACAAGAAGAUUGCGCCGAAAGAGAAAGGCAGAGACACAAGAUAAUGAACGUCUUUCUAAACGCUUGAGUCUCCUUAAUCUGGAACAGAGCGGGAACAAGUUAUACGUCCCUGUCGAACAACCAACAACCUCGAUUUCUUCUGCUGCUCCAGUUCCUACCCCUUCCGAUGUUGCUUCGAAUCCAGUUCCCGAUGAGACCAUGCAAUUAGACGAUUCCAAACAUAAAGUGUACAUCUACAACAUGGAUGAUGAGCUCUCCUCCGAUAGCGACAGCGAUGACCCGGGCAAGCUUGUCUUCCUACCAGAUAUCGAGAAGCAUCUGCGCGCGAAUCGCAUCCCCCCAUCGGUAUUAGCUAACAGCGAGGGAGAGCUAGCCGGCAUGCAGGUAGUGCUGUAUAGUGAUCCCAAGUCGUUGACGGUGCCAGAGGACAAAGAUAGUGUGCGCAAGGCCAUCAUCGAGUCGAGAAAUCGCACAAGAGAGCUACAGCGGUUAGAAAGGGAGGGUAAGACGGAGACCCCAACCAUACAGGACGCCACAUUGAAUACUGGUAUUGCCACGAGUACGGACGACGACCCAGACGCGAUGGACUUGGACUAGAGGAAGGGAACCGUAUAUGACGCCCGAUACACACACUUAUAUAUACCCAAGGCGACUGGCGUUUGUUUACUGUGAAUUGGAAAAGAGAACCUGGCAAGAGGAUGCAAGAAAACUUAGAACCUCUAUCCUAAGUGAUGAAAAUACUUAGGUAAACUUAUUAUAACUUAGAUCAGAUAUUUUUGGCACCCUGAUUUCACGUCGGAAGUUUUCUUGCUCCCAAGAGCCUGGCGCUUGAAUGUCGGCAUUUGCUUGUAUUUCUAUGCUAGCUACAUUUAUUGAUUGACUUUCAAUUUCAUACUGUCUCGCGUGGCCGCUCAGCGACUUCUGAACCGUUACAUGGCUCAAGAAUCAACCAUCUAUGCAUGUAUGCCUCUCAACCGAACCUUUCCAGCGCCUAACAUCAUUUAUCGCGGAGGCGGAGGUCCUGUUGGAGGAGCAUAAUAGUCUGCCGGUCCAUCGGCCUGUCUCUGCUGUCCUUGCGCCGGGUCGAUCUUUGAGGCAUUCGGGGGUUCUUCGUACAUGGGAGGUCGUGAUGGGUCAUAGACUGGUGGAGGAGGCAUGUUAUGCAUGGGAUAUCCGCCAGGCUGGGCGUAGUUGCCAGGAGGAGCGUAGUAGUAUCCGUUAGGAGGAUAUGCGUAACGGGGAUCGACCUGAGCCAUCAUGCGCCUACUAACAAAACACUGCGGAGGGUUAGAAUUGGUGUUUGGAUGUGUAUCACAGGUG